AUGAGUUUGAAAUGCGUAAGGCUUGCUGGAAGCAGCAAAAUAUUAUUGAAUCGUGGAGUUCACUCUUCUGCCCCGGUACAUGGGGUGAUUCGAGAUGCCCUCAGAAAAGCUCGUGAGCUUGCAAAUGCCAGUGCUGAUGGAAAGAACGAAGUUGGUAAAGCUGUCAAGGAUGCGAAUCAGGCUGAAGAAGAAGCUUAUGAGCAGAAGAAACAAAAAGUGGACAGUGUCAGAGCGGAUGCCGAGAAGAGGCUUGAAAACGUUCAAGGGCUGAUUGGUGACCUGAUGCAAGAUGCCUCAGCUGCACUGCGACAUGGAAAAUAG